GUCGGAAGGAGGCUCUAUUCUAUUCACUAGAGGGCUCUGGAGGGGAUGUAAUUUUUGGAGAGAAAGAGAAAAAGAGGAUACUGUUCUCUUCUGCUAUUCCUUCUUUCUUCUCUUCCUUUGAGAUCCGAAAUCGGAAGGACAGGUUAGGAGGAAGUGGAAUGUAGAAAAACAGAAGUGUUCUGCUUUGAACAAAAAGGUGAAAUGAAAGGGUGGCGGAAGAGGAGGAGAUUUCGGGAGAAGUGGGGUCAGAAAUGGUGAAGCCCGAGAGCUGUUAUCACCGGUUCCAUUCUGGGGUUCUUCUGUGACAUCCUGGUGAUGAUCUGCCCAGCCUAGAGCUCCGCCCCACGAGACUAGAGGGGAACACCUUGCUAAUGAACACAGCUAAGCAAACCAGCUGCCACAGCCCAGAAUCAACAAUGUGCUAUGUGGAAUUGGGAGUUAAAGUCCAGAAUCAUCAACUGAAAGAGCAAGAAAAACAAGAUAUCAGAGAAAAGGCCUACUCAGCAGGACAUUUUUACAGAAAUUUUUCAACCCCCACAUUAGAAGGAAUAACUUGGAUUAAGAAGUAGACAUUAUUUUGUAAACCAUUCUAUUUUGUGGCCUAAACUCUUCAAUUAGCUGUACAGGUAAAUGGCUUCACUUCCUACUGGAAUCCGUUUUAUCACUUCAUUCACAAGAGAUCAGUGGUACAGGGCCUUCAUUUUUAUCUUGACCUUUUUGCUGUAUGCAAGUUUCCACUUAUCUAGGAAACCUAUCAGCAUAGUUAAGGGUGAAUUACAUAAGCAGUGUGCUUCUCAUAGUAAGGUUAAACUCAACAUUCUUAAUGAAAAUGCCUUCCGUGAUUCUGCGGGGAAAAUAUCAGAUAAUGAAACUCAUUGCGGUUGGGCACCCUUUGAUAAAAAGAACUAUCAGCAAUUACUAGGAGCAUUGGAUUAUUCAUUUCUUUGUGCUUAUGCAAUUGGAAUGUAUUUAAGUGGCAUAAUAGGGGAACGCCUGCCAAUUAGAUAUUACCUAACAUUUGGAAUGUUUGCCAGUGGAGCCUUUACAACCCUGUUUGGAUUGGGGUAUUUCUACAAUAUUCACAAUUUUGGUUUUUAUGUCAUAACUCAGAUAGCUAAUGGGUUGGUGCAGACCACUGGCUGGCCUAGUGUGGUGACCUGCAUUGGUAACUGGUUUGGAAAAGGAAGGAGAGGCUUAAUUAUGGGCAUAUGGAAUUCUCACACCUCUGUGGGGAAUAUCUUAGGAUCUUUGAUUGCUGGCUAUUGGGUGUCUACUUGUUGGGGACUUUCAUUUGUAGUACCUGGUAUCAUCAUUGCUUCAAUGGGGACAGUAUGUUUUCUCUUUCUUAUUGAACAUCCUAAAGAUAUAAAGUGUUCUUCCACACCAUUAAUUAGCUCAAAAAGCUUUGAAAAUGGUACUAACAGAUUCAGAGUGCAAAAACAAAUUCUGUACACCAAGGAAAGUAGUAAAAAUCUGGAUCCUGAGAUUCAGAGUUUGUUAUCAGAUGGUGAAAAUGGUACAAUUCAACCAAAGUUUGUCACAGUGUUACAUGGUGAUGGAGGAAAUGGGAUGGCAGCAAUCAGUUUCCUAGGUGCCUUGAGAAUUCCUGGAGUCAUAGAGUUUUCUCUUUGUUUGUUAUUUGCCAAGCUGGUGAGCUAUACUUUCCUAUUUUGGCUACCACUCUAUAUCACAAAUGUAGAUCAUUUUGAUGCCAAAAAAGCUGGGGAUCUUUCUACUUUGUUUGAUGUUGGAGGAAUCAUUGGUGGAAUCUUGGCAGGUGUGAUCUCUGAUAGGCUGGGAAAGCGAGCUUCUACCUGUGGAUUAAUGCUGCUGCUAGCAGCUCCAACGCUCUAUAUGUUCUCUAUGGUCAGUAAAAUGGGCCUAGAAGCUACAAUAGUUAUGCUUCUUAUCAGUGGAGCUCUUGUUAAUGGUCCUUAUGCAUUGAUCACUACUGCAGUCUCUGCUGACUUGGGUACCCAUAAAAGUUUGAAAGGGAAUUCCAAAGCCCUUUCCACUGUGACAGCUAUCAUUGAUGGAACUGGCUCUGUAGGUGCUGCCUUAGGUCCUCUCUUAGCUGGGCUUAUCUCUCCUUCUGGCUGGAACAAUGUGUUUUACAUGUUGAUGGUAGCAGAUGCUACUGCCUUAUUGUUCUUACUGCGCCUCAUUCAGAAGGAACUCUGCUGCACAGGAUCUAUGCCUGGAGAACAGCUUCAGUUUAAAGAACAUUAACCAUUUCAGACACAUUUGGGAAGAAUCUGUACUCAUCUUCCAAAAAUAAUCAUUCAAGAUGCAGUAAAAUGUAAACAAUUCCAUGUUAAAGAGCUUAGUUUCUCCCCAUGCAUUUUGCACACAUACCUGAAAGAGCUAAUAAAAGCAAAUGUUACAUCUUUCUUUUUUUUUUUAAGAUAUACAGAACCUCAGGAUUAUAUUUCUCAAAAAGGUGAGAGCUGCUGAAAACUUCAGACUAGCUACUUUUAGUUAAGGGCACAAGGGAAAGAUAUUAAGUGGCUGGCAAAUUCAUUUUCAUUUGAUUAUUUGAAUAUAACUUGGAAAUAGAAUAUAGAAUUGAUCUGGCACUUACGUGAAGAAUGAGUCACUCUCAGGUUUCUUAGUAAUGGAAUAUAAUAACAAUUUGAACACCAUGCUGGGAAGAAUUUCAAGAGCAAGCAUCAUUUAUUCUUUAACAAGAAACAACGUCAUUUUCAAAAAAUUUAGUAUGUUAUAUUAAAUGUGAUAGCCACAAAUUGACAAAGUUGUCAUUGAUAUAAAACAAAUAGUUUAACUCAGAUUUGAAAAAAAAUUGAUUCCCUCACCUUCAAUCAAAACUGAACUUACAGUAUGUUAAUCCCAAUAAAGUAUUUUCUCAGUUUUUCUCUAUAUGCUGUCCUAUAUCCAAGUGAUGUGAUGUUAUUGUAGAACAACAAAGCAGCCUGAACCAGUUAGCUGAGAUAAAGUGAAAUUGGCUAUCUGAAUCAUAUCAAAGAAUACCAAUCAAGCAAUACUGAUGUUUCUGAAAGGUUUACAUUUGUUUGAAAUACUCUGAAAUGUUGUUAAAGGCCCUGUAAAAUGUUUAUAUGUCAGUUAAAGCUGCUAGUCAGUACUUAGAGCCAAAUUAUAUGUUAGGAUGAACAAAAUUAAAAAGGGAAAUCCAUAGGUUUGUUAUUUAGGGAGGUCAGUUGAUUCAUAUGCAUAUUAUAGAUAUAGUUUCUUUAUAAUUGCAUCAACCAUUUUUCCUUUUCAUUCUAAAAAAAUAGAGAUUGUUUUUAGAUGUACAGAAACACAAUAGAUUUUUUAAAAUGUGCAUUGUGUUAUAUUCAGGUUAAAUAAAAUUAAAUGGCAUUUUGUUAUUUAUUAAAACAAACAGGAGUUUGUUUUGUGAAUUUUUAUUAAUGCGUGGUUGGUUUUGCAAAAUAUCCACCUGAUCUCUUUUAAAAUAAAAUGUUUUUAAAAAUCAAA